AUGUCUAUAAGUAAAAGACUAUAUGAAUUAGCUGUUGUGUCAAAUUCAUUAUUGAAUGUUACAGAAGGUUCAGUAAAAAUACUAAAAAAUGAUGUUUAUAAUUAUAUUCAAAAUAAUUAUAUACUAAAAACUAUACGAGAUCAAGUUGAUGAAAAUAAACCAAUGUGGGAUGAAACUCAAUCUAUAUCAAUAAGAGCUAGACUUAAUAAAGAAAAUUCCAAAAAUCCAUUCAAUAACACUGGUCAAACGCGUGCAUAUUCAACUAAAUCAUUUUAUCCUGGUGAAGAAGUAGAUUUAGAUGCUCCAACUAUCAAUCCAACAACUCCUGUACAAAUAACAACUAUAGAUCCAGCUUCGUCUCCAAAUUUCCCGAAACCAAAAUUAAGAGAACAUCAACUACUACAAAGUGAAAUUCCAAGUUCAAGAUUAGCAAGAAUAUUUCAUUAUGGAUCAUUAGCUGCUGGAAUGGGAUUGAAUGCUGCAACUCAAGGUUUGAAAAAUUAUGCUUCUGGAGAAUCAAUGACUAUGAAAUCAUUAUUUUUAUCACCUCAAAAUAUAGAGAGAAUGGCAAAGAAAUUUUCCAAAAUGAGAGGUGCAGCUUUAAAAUUAGGUCAAAUGUUAUCAUUUCAAGAUUCUUCAAUUUUACCAAAAGAAAUUCAACAAAUUUUAUUAAGAGUUCAAAAUUCUGCUCAUUAUAUGCCACCAGGUCAAUUGGAGAGAGUUAUGGUUGGAGAUUUAGGUAUGAAUUGGAGAGAAAGAUUAUUUGCUUCAUUUGAUGAUGUUCCAAUUGCUGCUGCCUCUAUUGGUCAAGUUCAUACUGCAGUAACAGAAGAUUUAACUCCGGUAGUUGUGAAAGUUCAAUACCCAGGUGUUGCUAAUUCAAUAGAUUCUGAUUUAAAUAAUUUAUUAAUGAUUUUAACUGCUUCAUCAUUAUUACCUGCAGGAUUAUUUUUAGAUAAAACUAUUGCAAAUGCAAGAGUUGAAUUAAAAUGGGAAUGUGAUUAUAUAAGAGAAGCUCAAAAUUUAAUUAGAAUGAGAGAAUUUUUAAAAGAUGAUGAAGUAUUUGAAGUUCCAAGAGUUUUUCAUAAUAUAUGUGGUGAACAUGUUUUAACUAUGGAAAAAAUGAAAGGUAUUGAAAUUGUUAAAGGAAAUUGGGAUCAAAGUACAAGAGACUGGAUUGCAACUAAUAUAAUGAGAUUAUGUUUGUUAGAAUUAAAAGAAUUUAAAUUUAUGCAAACUGAUCCAAAUUGGGCUAAUUUCUUAUAUAAUGAACAAACUCAUAAAAUUGAAUUAUUAGAUUUUGGUGCAGCUCGUGAUUUUAGUGAAGAUUUUAUUACAAAUUAUGUUAAAGUAUUAAGAGCUGCAGUUAAAAAAGAUGCUAAAAAAGUUGAAGAAAUAUCUCAUGAUUUAGGUUAUUUGACAGGAUUAGAAUCACCAGCAAUGAUAAAAGCUCAUGUUGAUUCAGUAAUGUGUUUAGGUGAAGCUUUUUCACCAAUUGAUAAUAAUGGGCAACCUUUCAAUUUUAAAAAACAAACAAUAACUGAUAGAGUUAGAGGUAAUAUUGGAUUAAUGUUGAAUGAAAGAUUAGCACCACCACCAGAAGAAACUUAUUCAUUACAUAGAAAGUUAAGUGGUGUAUUUUUGUUAUGUGCAAGAUUAAAUGCAACUGUUCCAUGUGAAGAUUUAUUUAGAGAAAUUGUUGGUUAUGAAGAUUAA